AUGUCCCUCUUGCAGCCCAUAGGAGUACUCAGUGGAGCAGAUAUUCACCUGCAGCCCAUGGAGCACCCUAUGCCAGAGCAAGUGGAUGUGCCUGAAGAGGCUGUGAUCCCCUGCAAAGCCCACGCUGGCACAGGCUCCUGGGAGGACCUAUGGACUUAUGAAGAAUGGAGCCUACAAAGGAGCAGGUUUUCUGCUAGGACUUGUGACUCCUUUGUUGCUCAGCCCAACUGCCAGCAGCUGCUCGCGUCUCGCUGGUACGAUGAGUUCCCCGGAUGGAGGAGGCGACACUGGGCUGUGAAGAUGUUGACAUGUGUUGUGAUAGGACUCCUUUUCCCAGUCUUCUCUGUGUGCUACCUGAUAGCUCCCAAAAGCCCGUUGGGACUGUUCAUCAGAAAGCCAUUUAUCAAAUUUAUCUGCCAUACUGCAUCCUACUUGACUUUUCUGUUCCUGCUGUUGCUUGCCUCUCAGCACAUUGACAGGUCAGACCUGAGCAUGCAGGGACCGCCACCAACCAUCGUCGAGUGGAUGAUAUUACCGUGGGUCCUGGGUUUUAUCUGGGGUGAAAUUAAACAGAUGUGGGAUGGUGGACUACAGGACUACAUUCAUGAUUGGUGGAAUCUCAUGGAUUUUGUAAUGAACUCCUUGUACUUAGCAACAAUCUCUUUGAAAAUUGUUGCAUUUUCAAAGUACAGUGGGUUAGUUCCACGGGAGAGCUGGGACAUGUGGCAUCCAACCCUCGUGGCUGAGGCCCUGUUUGCAAUCGCAAACAUCUUUAGCUCCCUGCGCUUGAUCUCAUUAUUCACUGCAAAUUCUCACCUGGGACCUCUGCAGAUAUCUCUAGGAAGAAUGUUGCUGGACAUUUUGAAGUUUCUCUUCAUAUACUGCCUUGUGCUGCUAGCUUUUGCAAAUGGAUUGAACCAGCUGUAUUUCUACUAUGAGACAAAUGAACCUGGCAACUGCAAAGGAAUACGAUGUGAAAAGCAGAAUAAUGCAUUUUCAACAUUAUUUGAAACACUGCAGUCAUUAUUCUGGUCUAUAUUUGGACUCAUCAACCUCUAUGUGACCAAUGUGAAAGCAAGGCAUGAAUUUACUGAAUUUGUUGGGGCCACCAUGUUUGGUACCUAUAAUGUAAUCUCUCUGGUUGUUCUGCUCAACAUGCUAAUAGCCAUGAUGAAUAAUUCUUACCAACUUAUAGCUGAUCAUGCAGACAUUGAGUGGAAGUUUGCUCGAACAAAACUCUGGAUGAGUUACUUUGAAGAAGGGGGAACUCUGCCCACUCCUUUUAAUGUCAUACCAAGCCCAAAGUCCCUGUGGUAUCUGAUCAAAUGGUUAUGGAGACACCUUUGCAAGAAAAAAAUUAGAAGAAAGCCUGAAAGCUUUGGAACUAUAGGGAGGCGUGCGGCUGACAAUCUGAGAAGACAUCAUCAGUACCAGGAAGUUAUGAGAAAUCUGGUUAAGAGAUAUGUUGCAGCAAUGAUAAGAGAUGCCAAAACUGAGGAAGGACUGACAGAAGAAAAUUUUAAGGAGUUAAAACAAGAUAUUUCCAGCUUUCGUUUUGAAGUCCUGGGUUUGCUGAAAGGAAGCAAGCUGUCUAAUUUGCAGACUGCAAAGAUGAACAAAGACACUUCCUCUCUGUCAGAAAAUGAAGAAAAUUAUGAGAGUGAAGGAAACAAGAAAGGAAAGAAAAAGGCCUUCAGCCUUUUUGACAUAACAACAAUGAUUCAUCCAAGAUCAGCCACUAUUGCCUCUGAAGCACAUAACGUAAGCAAUGGCUCAGCAAUGAUGGUGUCAGAGUCCUCUAAGGAGAAACAAAAGCGUGUGAAUUUUGUAACAGACAUAAAAAAUUUUGGGAUAUUUCACAGACGAUCAAAAACAAACUCUGUGGAGCAGCUUACAAAUAAAAUAUACACCGUUUCUGAAGAAGUUUCCCGUCAACAGGCAGAAGAACAAUGUGAGAAAACUGCUGAACUGGAAGAAGGAGAACUGACCAUGAACUGUGAAUUAAACACCCAAAGUCCUGAUGAAAAAUGUGUGCUAGCUGAGUCACAAAAUAGCGACUCUUCAGAUUCACGGGAAGAGGAAAGUAUCUGUGCUUCAGAAACGGAGAAAGUGGAGUUUCAGAACUCAGAACCAGCAACGCCACAGGAUCAGCUGGAGAAGGAGCUGGACAUUAGCACUGACUGUGAUGAGAAACAGGAAACAUUUCUUCAGGGUGAUUAUGUGAUAACAAGGUUGUGAUGCUUACAGGAGGAAGCAUUUACAAAUAUAUAUAUUUUGCAUAGUGCUUUGGGGAGGGGAAAUGUUUUAAGACUUAUAUUAGCAAAUGCAGAAUUACACUUUAUAGUACUCAACUGUGGCACAUGAUCUUGUAACAUAGUAGUCAAGAGAAAGGUAAUAUGGGGACCUUCUGUUUUGU